AUGAGAUUAAUUGAACGUUGUUCCUUGUCUUGCCUGUUUGCAGCUGGUCCUCUACUGAAUGAUACCAAAGUUGUUAAGAACAUUGCAGCAUCCUCCAUCAUUUCAUUAUACUUCAGAGAUCUGGGGACACAGAUAAGCUGGAUUACGGUGUUUCUAACGGAAUACACUGGGUGUCUAUUAAUCUAUCUGCUGUUCUAUUUUCGCAUACUAAAUCUGUAUGAAGCCGAGGACAUAAACCAUUCCAGCCGCCACCUGGUAGUGCACUUAGCUUGCAUUUGCCACUCCCUUCAUUACAUCAAGCAAAUCCUUGAAACUCUGUUUGUGCACAGCUUUACUAAUGGAAACACAGCUCUGAAGAAGAUGCUGAAGGGAUGUGCCUUUUAUUGGGGAUUCACCGUGUGGAUGGCUUAUUAUAUCAAUCAUCCUCUAUAUACACCUCCUAGCUUUGGUAAUGGACAAACUAUUCCAGCCAUGGUCUGUUUUCUGGUCUGUGGAGCUGGAAAUUAUUUUACAAAUGUUGCCUUAGUUCAGGUGCAUAAAACAGGCACAAGGACUCAUUUUGUAAGGCCCACAUAUAAUCCCUUCACAUGGCUUUACAAACUGGUCUCCUGUCCUAAUUACACAUAUGAGAUGGGAACCUGGAUUAGCUUCACCAUUAUGACCCAAACCCUUCCAGUUGCUGUCUUUGCCCUCAUGGUAUCUCUGCAGCUGAUUUUCUGGGCUCAAAGAAAACAUUACAAAUAUCAGAAAAAUUUUAAAAAUUAUCCCAGGUGUAGAACAGCAAUGAUUCCAUUGAUACUGUAAGCUCCUAAAGUCCAUGGUUUUAAUCUGGACUUUGCACGAUAGUUAAAAUAGAUGACUGUAAAACAGUAGCCAACGUUACAGCUCUCCUGAUUGAUUUCAAAUGAAAUAUAAAAAUGGAUAAUAAUUUUAAAAAAGAGGCUACCACAGAAUGCUGGAAAAAGGAGCACUUCAAAUUGUACAAAUGGAGCAAUUUCAUGAAACUCAUGGAGAAGCUUAAUCAGGAAAUUAUUGAGAUUCACAGCUCACAGAUAGCCUUUCCUCACCAUACAUUGCUGGUUAGAAUAGAAUAGAAGUUUACUAUCAGGUGUACUUUUACAAGAAAAAUACAGUGAAAAUUUUUAUUAGUGACUACACCACAGCACCUGUAUUAAGUUAUACAUAAUAAAACAAAAGUAAAAUUAAGACAAAGUUAAUCACAGUUAACGGUUCCUGGUCUCAGGGAAAGUCAAUCAAGGAAUGAUGGAAUACCCUGAGACUGUUGUUCUGGGACAAGACCACCAUUCUGGGAUGAGACUGCCAUGCCGGGUUGCUGGAAUACUGGGGCAAAACCUCCAAAGAAGACUGCCAUGCUGGGCCAAGAUCGCCACACUGGGCCGUUGGAUGCCACCUUGUCUCUGGGCCAGGAGUAGCCUCCUGUUCCCCAUCUGACGCUCCUCCAGAUGCUGCUGUUGCAUUAUACAUUGUCACAGAAUUGAUAUGGAGAAUGAUGUUAAGGUUAUCAAUGCUCAUCAAUUUAUAUAGAGAAAAUCGACAACAAAUUUCGGUCUGCACACAAGCCACGAGAGACAUUGAACUCAUCCUUAGGAUGGUCUGCAACAAUCCUCAUCAAUAAACACAGAAAUAAUCACAAUGGAGUUGCAUCUUCAGUUGAAUUUGAGUUACCAUUCCCAUUAGUUUCCUACUAAAGAAGCCAUAAAAAUGGGAACUUACACAUUUCGGAUCUUUUUUUU